GGUGUAGUCACAGAAGGACAAAUUUGGACUAUUGACUAUGGCCGGAAGUCCAUACUCUCUCUCUCUCGCUUUAUGUACUCUCUCUGAUCUCCAACACUGGCAUCGUCUCUCUUUUUCUCUCUCCUAUACUUUCUUUCUCUCUCUAUAAGUAGUUUAAACCAGAAGGGUUUGUUUAGAAACCGAGAAAGGUAGAGAAAAAGAGACAAUUUUCUUGUAUUUUGAUCUGGGUGGGACAUGGAAGGAGGUGUACAUCCAGGAACAGAUGCCUCAGCUUUCAGAGACUGCUUUUCUCUGGCUUGGAAGAACCCUUAUGUCCUUCGUCUUGCUUUUUCCGCUGGGAUUGGUGGCCUUCUCUUUGGAUAUGACACUGGAGUCAUAUCAGGUGCUCUUUUGUACAUAAGGGAUGACUUCAAGGCUGUGGAUAGGAAGACUGUCUUACAGGAGAGCAUUGUAAGCAUGGCGGUUGCCGGUGCAAUCAUAGGCGCAGCGGUUGGCGGGUGGUUAAAUGAUAGGUUUGGAAGGAGAACCACCAUCCUAGUCGCUGAUUUCCUAUUCUUCAUCGGAGCUGUUGUCAUGGCAUCAGCUCCAAACCCGGCACUCCUCAUCAUUGGCCGGGUUUUCGUUGGACUGGGCGUUGGAAUGGCUUCGAUGACAUCCCCAUUGUACAUCUCGGAGGCUUCUCCGGCCAAGGUUAGGGGGGCCCUAGUCAGUACUAACGGCUUUCUAAUCACUGGAGGCCAGUUCUUGUCGUACCUUAUCAACUUAGCCUUUACCAAGGCACCCGGGUCUUGGCGUUGGAUGCUUGGAGUUGCUGGAGUUCCGGCUGUCUUGCAGUUCAUUUUGAUGCUGCUUCUUCCAGAAUCGCCUCGUUGGCUUUACCGAAAGGGAAGAGAAGAAGAAGCCAAGACCAUUUUAAGGAAAAUUUACCCGGAAAAUGAGGUCGAAACAGAGAUCCUAGCUCUCAAGGAGUCGGUGGAAAAAGAAAUUGAGGAAAAGCAGUCUUCUGAGAAGAUCAGCUUCAUCAAACUAUUGCAAACCAAAACAGUGAGAAGAGGACUCACAGCCGGUGUCGGUCUUCAGGUCUUCCAACAAUUUGUGGGCAUAAACACGGUGAUGUAUUACAGUCCCACCAUAGUUCAGCUGGCCGGUAUUGCAUCUAACCGAACUGCUCUGCUACUCUCGCUGGUCACUGCCGGGCUCAAUGCCUUGGGCUCCAUUGUGAGCAUAUACUUCAUUGACAGGACUGGAAGGAAGAAGCUUUUGGUCAUCAGUUUGUGUGGUGUUAUUAUCUCACUUGGGCUUCUCUCAGCAGUAUUUCACGAGACAACGUCAAACUCACCUGCUGUUAGCCCCGCUGAAACGUCUCACUUUGCAGCGUACACCUGCCCAGACUAUAGCUCGUCCGGAUCUUCUGUGACGUGGGAUUGUAUGAAGUGUUUAAAGGCCAAUUCUCCAGACUGCGGGUUCUGUGCUUCAUCUACUAAUAAGCUAUUUCCUGGGGCUUGUUUGAUCUCAAAUGACACAGUGAAGAAGGAUAUUUGUCAUGGAGAUGACAGAUUAUGGUACACAAGGGGAUGCCCAAGUAAAUAUGGUUGGCUUGCACUGAUAGGUCUAGCACUAUACAUCAUCUUCUUCUCUCCUGGAAUGGGCACAGUCCCAUGGAUUGUCAACUCAGAAAUCUACCCUUUGAGGUAUCGAGGCGUCUGCGGAGGCAUAGCUGCGACAGCAAACUGGAUCUCAAAUCUCAUCGUUGCACAAUCCUUCCUCUCCCUGACUGAGGCAAUAGGGACUUCGUGGACUUUCCUCAUAUUCGGGGUGAUAUCCGUUGUAGCCCUGUUCUUUGUCCUGAUUUAUGUUCCGGAAACUAAAGGGCUCCCCAUCGAGGAGGUUGAGAUGAUGUUGGAGACGAGAACUCUGCAGUUUAAGUUCUGGGAGAAAAGGCCCGAUGAUGGAAAGAAGAAUCAAGAUGCGUGAAAGAAAAGCCAAGAUCUGGAGUAUAGAUUAGUUGUGUUCCAAAUGAGAACUCUAAGCAUUAGACAGGGUUUUCCAACUUUUUUACUGCUAAUUUCUCUAAUAAUGUCUGGAAAAAAAAUAGGUCAGCUUAAAUGUAUGGGCACAUCCAUAGAACUUUGAAUGUAUUAGUAAAUGGGAAAUGUCCAAGGAGCUUUAGCAUUGAACUGCUGAAGUGUCAGAUUGGUUGAAAUUUUUUU